AUGGAGCUUCGCGCUAACAGAAUUUUAGCUGAGAACCAGACAGAGGUGAAGGAUACAGCUCUUGCAACGAGCAUACCACGAAUCCGCAUCCCACUUGAGAUAUCCGACGGUAUGCCUGGGAACGGACAUUCGGCUAGCAGGAAAAGAGCUUCGAGUCGCCUUGAGGAAACCAAAGCACCGUCUACUCACGAGACCAUACCAGGGAAUGGGAGCCACAAGAGAUCUCAACAGAGUUACGAGUUAAGACCCAGACACAAGACUCGUGAGGAUCGUUAUGACUACAAAGGCCCAUUAUCGGCUGUGGAGAGCCAGUCACAGUCUCGCAAAGGAAGAACCAAGAAACCCCGGGGCAGGAGGCAUACCAUAAAUGAUGACUUCCAUGCCAUCAAUAUCACAGGAAACAGAUUGACACUGCGCAGCAACCCGAACCUGGGUAUCUUCAGCAAGGGACGAUCCUCUUCUAUCAUGAAUCACCACGGAAAUACCUUGCCAGCUCUUGCAAAACCUGAAGCGACCAUCAACUCACAUAAUUUUGCCCCAGAAUCUGAUCUUGCCUUUUCUGAGAUGAACUUCCUGUCCCGGAGGAAUAAUCUCAGCUCAUAUCCCACAUCGACCGCCAGGGACACUCUGGAUGGACAGUACGAAGGGUACCAUCCACAAGCGCUACAGGUCGAUGAUACUGGAAAUAACACCAAACUCGACACGUCUCGCUCAAACAACAAGUUGCUUGGUGUGAAACGCCAACUUGGCGCCUCACUCGCGCCGUUGUUCACGUUUAAUAAGACGCCCGCCAGCGAGAUUUCCGCGGUUUCCAACCACUCCCGUAGUGCUUCACCCGUGUCUCACAGUAAACGAAGGAAGAUAACAAAGGAAUCAUCGUCUAUUCCAUACACUUGGACAGGAACCAAAGUCGACACCACUGAACAAAGCGAUGCCCUCGAACAACACCUGCUGAGCCUGCUGCAUGUCGGAGUAUAUCCCCAAGCGCUAUUCUCUGAGAUCACAAACACCGUUUUGGCCAGACGGUAUUGGAGUCUCGCUGAAUUAUGGGAAAUUUUGAAGGAGAGAAAGGCAGCAUGGUCAAAUGAAGCCGGCAACAAAAGGCGGGCUUCGCCCGAAGCCAACUUGAGGCAGCCAGCUGCAGCCGAAGCCGCUCCACAGGAGAUUUCCGAGAUCGUUGCACCAGACCAUUUGGAUAUUGUCAAUGUCGGUAGUGCGCAAAAUGAAAUGUCGAAGCAAACACCGGGUUCGAACAUCGCUUGUGAAACUGCUCGCAGUGUGGACGACGAUCCACCCGACCAACCUUCGGUCCUCGAACAACAGUCAAGCCGACCACUUCAAGCUUCAGAUGAACCCGGUUGUGUAAAUUUGGAGUCUGCCAGGACAUCAAACAGCCCAAAUCGAUUCAUAGACAUAUUGAACGAAGAUCAGUGUGAGCCUUUCCCCCAGGAAUCGGCACAGGAUGCAGUCCUUUUUCCUGCAUUCGUACCAGAGGUCAAACAGCCCCCUAUGUCUGACACCGAGUUCUAUGAGCUGGGUCGACUCGAUGAUGAUGUGUUCUAUCGCACACUGGAUGCUGCUUACCGUGUCAUUGUGCGCCCUGAAGUUGCGGCGGAAGUUGCAUCAGACUUACAGCAGUUACUUGAAUCCCCCGAACUAAAUAGUAAUGAGCUUCCGGAUAGUCCAGAGUCCGACAUUCCUACCCGACAGGUAGAGGCGGGCGACCCAGAGUAUUUGGCAAUGGUCUCUCGAGACAUCAUACAAGACCGGUAUGAUGAAAGACCGCCUGAGCCUUCUUCACAACACGAACUACCCACGAGUUAUUCGGGCGAUCCUUGUGUUGGUCAGAACAAUGACUUGCCAUGGCUGACUACUGGAUACGGCCGGUCACAACCGCGCGCGUCAACUGAAAUCGAUACGAGACAGAGUCAGCCUCCAGGGUUAUCUGAUUUCUGGAGACAGAACAAACUCUAUUGA